AGGAGUCAAUGCACAACAAAACUAGACCUAAAACCGAUUCGAACCGGGUCCAAUCAUACUAAAGUCUAAAACCCUUCUCUCAUAAACCCUAGAAAUCAGAUUUGUUCGUUGAGCAUCGUUUAAGCAUUCUCUCUUCCUCUACCCUAAUGGAGAUCACAGGUUCGGUCCCUCUCGUGGGUGAAAGCUACGCUCUCAAGCUCAGAAAUUCAAUGCAGGACCUUUUGUCUGAGAUUCCCAAAGAAUCCCCUGAUUUGUCUCCUUUCGUCGAUGCGUUUUAUGAAUUACUGCAAGCGAAAGUUGACGCACCCUUCGAGGUGAUAUGGGUGUACACUGCAACUAACUUUCGUGGCCGCAACCCAGAGAAAGGUGAUGCCUUGGAUAGAGUAUUGGCCGCAAAAGAAUUGUUUCAGUUGCUGUCGGAGUGUUCAGCUUCUGUAUGUGCUUCAAAGAGCAUCGCUUUGAUGGCUCCUGUUGUUUUCGCGGUGCACGGAGUAAUUGUGGAGCUGUUUGGGAGGGAGUUGAGAUUGAAGAGAGAGAAGAAAGCAAUGAGGGAGGUGAAGUCUUUGGUGGAUGUAGUUCUUGGAUAUAUAGGCAUUUGCUGUGGUAUGAAGAUUUGUGAGGAGGAACCUGAUUCCGUUAGUGUGCCCUUCACUGAUUUGGCUCGUGUUUGGGUGGACACGAAUGAUGAUGGGUUUAGAUCUUUGUUGCCUCUUGUGAGCUGUGAUGUUUGUGACUGGAUUAGUUCUAGAGAGUUUCAUGUUGGUUACUUGGCUGGUGCAGUUAUAAUGGAAUCGUUUUUCUUGAAACUUUGCCUGUCUUUUCACUUGCCAAUAUCUAGGGGUGAAUUGGAAAAGAAUCUGAAGAGUUGGGCAGUUGGCUCAAUAUCUAGUUUUCAGAACACAUACUUUUUGGAGAUCCUUAUGAGGACAGCGUUAGAGACACCUUUGCCUCUGAACUCAAUUCUGAAACCUGAAGAUGAAAUUCUAUCGAGGAAAAUUCUGUUCGAUGUUAUACUAUUGGUGGAGUACCCUUUCCUCUAUCUAAAUGCCAAGUAUAUAAAAGGCCUUACCUUGACCAGGUUGAUUGUUACUCAUGAGGCUGUAGAGUAUUUUAGGGGCCUUGGUGAUCAGAAUAGAGCUGUCUCUUAUAUUAAGGCAUUUUCUGCUUCUCGAAUGCCAUUGCAAAUAAUUAAAUGGGCUACAAGCCAGAAUGGUUUGGAGGGAAAAGCUGGCAGAGAGAAUGGAUCCUCCCCCAAAGCUCUUACAUAUUGGCUGCUGAGCCUUGAGAAUCGAGGGAUCAGAAUUUUUGAAGAUGAUAUUUUAAAAAACCAUGCUACAUCAGGUCUUGAUAUUUCCCAAGCUGAGCACCCAGCAAGUAACUUGGAGGGCAAGAUAGUAGAUGAUGACCUUUUUUACGUUGAUAAUAUUGGGGAAGAGGGAAAAACAGGCGACAAUGAUAAGCAAAACAAAUUGAUUAGUGAUGCAUUUGUAGCUGCUGCCCAAACUAUGAAGUUAUCCGACAAUGGAGUUCAAAAACGGAAAGGAAAACACAGUGAAAAGAGAAUUAAAUUUGUCAAGUAUGACCUCCUUCAAAGCUCUGAGCCAGUCAAAGCUGGGACUUCAGCUGCAGACGAUAGUUCAAGUGGUGAGAGUGAAAUUGAGGAUCCUAUUUCGGAUCCAGAUGCAUAAGCUAGAAUAACAAGCUUUUAUCUGUCUUAAACAAGGUGCCACAGUUCCUUGUUAUUAUAUAAUGCAUUAAGGAUCCUUUACAUGAUUAGAGGGGUCCCAAGAGGCGGUGAGAAGUUGCAUGCUGCCUCAUCAGUUUUGUUAGCAUUAUGUUUCACUGCUUUGCUAAUUUAUAGUUCAGGCAGGCUCUAGCAAGUUUUAGGUGCAGUCACAUUGCGUUGCACUGGAUCUUUCUUAAGCUGCUAUGCUUUCUUGUAUUAUAUUAUGUUAGUAAUAUUGUGAUAUUAAGGCUUAAAUUUGGUAUCCACAGUCCACCAAUUGGAAUUUGGAAGUGAAUUGACCUUUUCCUUUUCUGUGGCUCACAUUUUCUUUACUUUUGCCUGUUGGUAAUUUGGAAAUGCAAGUCCAA